UAUCAAACGUGCUUCCGCUAAAAAAGCUAACCGUUCUCUGGGCACAGCAGUUGAAAACUAUUAAAGAUGAGUAGUCCAGCUGUUGUGAAAGAAGAUGAUCAUAUUAUUUUAAGGAAAGGGGAUAACUUGAGGUUAUUCCAAGUUCAUAGAAAUAGAGAUGUAUGGUUGGAAAAGAGUAAGUUUAAACUGGAUGGAAUAAUUGGUUUUCCAUAUGGUUCAUUGUUUGAAGUGAAGGAUGGUGAGAUGGUGAAAAUGGAGCGAACUGUUCAGCAAGAUACUGAUACUUCAGAGGAAGGAAAAGACAACAGACAUUUGCAAGAUAAGGACAGUAACCAGAAAUUGACACAAGAGGAAAUAGAACAGAUGAAGAAAGAAGGAGUAUCUGGGGAUCAUCUUAUAGAACAACUGAUAGAAAACAGCGCCACCUUCCAGAGUAAAACAGGAUAUGCACAGGAAAAAUGGGUCAAAAAGAAGAAAAAAAAACAUGAUUGA